AACAGAAAAGGACCACUCGCAAAUGAUAAAACAAAACAAUGACUCAAGAAACAAUUGACACAAAACAUGCACUUUAAACGCAAUUUACAUGCUCCCAGCAUGCUUUGCCAAAGACGGUCCAAUGUGUUGUGGAACAAAAAAAAAAAAAAUGAGAAAACUGCAACAAGAUGAGCCUGUUUGACCACAAACUAUUUGAGACACUCUUAGUACGGAACAUGCAUCAUCUUUUUACUCGUUGCAUGAGCUUUAAAUAACAAUUAUUAGCAACGUAGAUGCUUCAUAAAACGGGGGCGCAUGAAUUGGAAGAGUCUUCUAUGGGACCGUUUCAGCUACGUGGCACACUACACUUUAUGUGAUGCGCGCAAACCAGCAACAAGGAAACAAGAGCAAUGUUCAUGUGAGCCAUCUUAAUAAAGCACGACCCGUUACAAGUCUGCAGGUGAAGGUGACACAUGAGGCAUGAGCAGUGCAGUCAGACAGAUCACUGUGGCCACUGACCCAGGGACCCCUUAUUUCCUACGAGUUGACUUUGCUGUCAGUCUGAGUGCUGGGUUCACACUAGCUCUCUCCGAUGGCAUCUCUGCAUGGAAUGGAGAAGUUUCAGUAGAUGAAGUUAUGAGGGAGGCCAAGGUUAUAAAGGCCCCAAUGGAGGAAUAUGUCGAGGAUCUUCAUCAAGCACUGAUGGGAGGUGGACAGGGGAGAGGAGGCGAGAGGAGAGCCAGUGAAGGAGACAUAUAUUCUUUCGACCUCAGUCUGGAUCGCCUUCAACUCUCAUACCACAAAAUGUGUGACGGCGUUUCGGUGCACUUGGGCUCUUUGAAGCUUCAGCCCGCUGCCCACCCGUUAGCGCUGACCCGGGAAAUGAUUGGUCAGGCGCUCAAAAGUAACACAAACCUGGAGAAAGAAAACUCACUGCUAUUGGACGAGAACCGUAAACUGAAAGAGGAUCAUGUACAAAUAAUCCAAGAGCUGGAACGUCAGGUUCAGGAUAAAGAGACAACGACAAGGGACCUUUACACCCAUUUUGUUAUGGUGCUCAAUGAGAAGAAGGCCAAGAUCAGAAGCUUGCAGGAUGCUCUCAGUCAGCUCCAACCAACUACUCGUCUUCAGAGGACUCAAAGAGAUGAUCACAUCUCUUUAGGUGAGGAUGUCAGCCUUGACAGCAAAACAGAGACAACGGAGAGCAGCCAUCUAUCACUUGAACCAACCCUCCUUACCGCAGGACAUUAUCAGAUCAGCCAGGGUUUUUCUUUGGACCACAACAUGUGUCUUGAUGAGAACGUUCCACCAAGAUGGAAAGCAACGGGAACAGUUGAUGACCAGAACCUCGGUGCUUCUGAAAUGGAAUGAAAUCACAGUGUGAUCGCAUCUGGGAAUCAGCAUGGCAAUGAACCAAGACAGUUGGGACAAAGUAGCUGCCUGUGGUGCAAUGUUGCUAGCUUCUCUUUGCUGGGUAACGCCCCACUUUUAGUCCUCGAGGGAGUCCCUGAAUUUGAUCCAAGGUUGCCUCUCUUAUUAAAAAAAAAAAAAAAACAACAAUUUCACAUCUGGAUUGUUUUAAUUGUGGCUCAGCUUGCGUGGAGACAUCAAUGGUGCUGUGAAGCAUUUGCUGACAUGCGUCACUGAUCAUGUGAUAAAGAGGAACUGAAUACUCCCCCUGAGCUCCCUUGGGAAUGGAUGGCGUUGCCGCUAAUGACUUGGAGAACGCGUUAUAGAGACUCGACAAAAAGAGCAUGGAAGUAAUUUAUCAACUGUUGGACGUCGCCUUGGACUCAGAGACCUCGACUCUGGGUGAGACCCGACGAGAGAGCAACAUCUUGCGGAGGCUACACCCUGAAAACAUGGUGUCAUCACCAGGCAACCAAUGUAGCUUCGUUGCAGUUUAUUUGUCAUGGCUUGCUGAGGUUUCACUGCCUCUCCUUCCCUCUUUAUGGAAGAGAAAUACAGUAUGUGGCUUAUGCCUGAAGCCAACGGUGUAUCCAAACUAAAACCCAUUUUUUUUAGCAGCUUGUGGUAUAAACUAUCAGGGGAUUUAAAAAGAAGAAGUUUGUCCUCAUCUCUCACUUCGCUUUCUACCAAUCGCACAUAAUUUAAAUCGUAACAAUGUAUUUAUUCAUAAUGUGCCAAUGAAUAAAGAUAAUUCAGUUACAGUAGCAAGUGGCAUAAAUCAUCAUUGUUCUGCUUCAUGCUAAGGUCAGCUUUGCAAAGAUUUCUCUUUUUAGUUGUGAAUGUUGCAAAAUUCCUGAAAAAUCUAUGACAUUUUGCUUGGUUACUGUUGUUUUUCUCAUGCAAAAGUAAAGUGCAAAAUAUAUACAUCCAUCUUUUAUUCUUUCCCACUUAUCCUCAUUAGCCUAUCCCAGCUGACUUGGGCAAGGGGUGGGGUGGUUGCUGGUUGCCAGCCACUGGGAAUUUACAAUAUCUAUACAAUUAACACAAUGUUAAGGGAGAACUCGUGUAAUUAAAUUACAUAUGCUUUUGGAUAUGUUCAUGCCUAAAAUUUUACCUACAUUUGGGAAAUUACAAAAGCUCAUACAACAUGCAUUAAUUGGACACUCUAAAUUGCCCCUGUGUGUGUUUGUGAGUGCGACUGUUUGUCUCCAUGUGCCCUGCGAUUGGCUGGCAACCAGUUCAGCGUGUACCCCGCCUCCUGCCCAAUGACAGCUGGGAUAGGCUCCAGCACUCCUGUGACGCUUGUGAGGAUAAGCGGGUCAGAAAAUGGAUCGAUGGAUGGAUUUACAUUCUAUCAUGUUUCGUUAACAGGAUAUCAUUUAUGUAAAGCGCAAAUAUGUAAAAAAUAAUGAUCUGAGAAUCUACUUUUUUUUGGGUGGGGGGGACAUCAAACAGUCUUGUUGAUGCAUUCAUUCAAAAUUAAGAAAACUAAUCAAAAUGUUGUUAAAUGCAAUUUGUUAUAUUGAUUUGAGAGAGUAAUAGAAAUAGUUACAAAACCGGGUAAUUUGCCAUUGUAACCAUCUACAUUUCCAAAGUAAUUUUCCCAACACUGAGUAUAUAAAACAAUAUAUACAAUACCAACUUUGAUAGAUUGUUUUUAGUGUGGGAAAUAAAAGUGAAUAAUGUCCAAGUACCCAUUGCAUCCUUUAAAUCCCUGUCUGCGUUCUGUGGAAGAAAAGGUAUGGACAGCCCAGCCUUAAGCAUUGCAUCUAUAUUUGUCGGCGUAGUUCACUUGUCUUGUGUCCUCAAGGAACUGAGGUUUGCUAAAGUGAGGUGAAUCGGGUUAUUUUCCCCACCUCUUCACUUCCUCCCUCUCUUCUAACCCCAACCUCAGCUGCCAGGUUCAGGUCCUGAGGUCACGGCAGUCAGUCGUCCAACUGACAGUAAUGAAUCAAAGACGUCUCAUGAUUCCUGCAUCCUACCAUUGAUUCGAGGUUAUCUCCGUCUACCUUUCGAAUUCUAAUUGAACACGUUUGCCGGGGAUUCUGCACGGCCACUGAGAUAAUCCCUCAGGAUUAUGAAAGCAGUCAAUAAAACAUUUUACAUUGAGAGUAGUGUCAAAGAAUAGUUUACAGAUUAGUAUGGGACACCUUGGACGAAUACAAUGAAUAUUUCAGUCACUUGUUCCUUUCAGAAUUUGUUGUACUGUAUGCUAUAAACUUUGCCAAUAGAUAUUUAUGUCCAGUAUAUUUUGUUGUACUGUAUGUGUUUGUUCACAAAAGUAUAAAACUGUAUAUGUAACAUGAAAUCUGUAUGAUAUAUCUGUGGUAUGUAUUCAUCACACCAUUUUAUGGUCCAUUGGAAAAAUUUUGUCAUUUGAUUUGACUCCUGUUUAAAAACAAAAACAAAAAAUACAUGAUCUUUAUUUACUUUAAUAAACAGAUUAUCUU